UUGUGAGUUAGUAGACAACGGGAUAAAGGCCUGUGAGGGGAGAGACAAUGGCCAAGUUGAAGGUAGCUAUCAAUGGCUUUGGAUGCAUCGGUAGAAACUUCUUGCGCUGCUGGCACGGUCGCAAGGACUCACCCCUUGAUGUGGUUGUUGUGAAUGACAGCGGUGGUGUCAAGAAUGCGUCGCACUUGCUUAAAUAUGAUUCUAUGCUGGGAACUUUCAAAGCAGAUGUGAAAAUAGUGGAUGACCAAACCAUUUCCGUGGACGGUAAGCCCAUUAAGGUUGUCUCAAACAGGGAUCCUCUUAAACUUCCUUGGGCUGAGCUUGGAAUUGACAUUGUUAUUGAGGGAACUAGAGUGUUUGUGGAUGGGCCUGGUGCUGGAAAACACAUCAAAGCCGGUGCCAAGAAAGUCAUCAUCACUGCUCCUGCUAAGGGUGCUGAUAUUCCAACCUACGUCCUCGGAGUCAACGAACAAGACUACGGCCAUGAUGUUGCCAACAUUAUAAGUAAUGCUUCUUGCACCACAAACUGUCUUGCUCCGUUUGUGAAGAUAUUGGAUGAAGAAUUUGGCAUUGUGAAAGGAACCAUGACAACUACACACUCCUACACAGGAGACCAGAGGCUUUUGGAUGCUUCACACAGGGAUUUAAGAAGAGCAAGAGCUGCAGCAUUGAACAUUGUUCCUACAAGCACCGGAGCAGCCAAGGCUGUGUCCUUAGUGCUGCCAAAACUGAAGGGAAAGCUCAAUGGAAUUGCGCUGCGAGUGCCUACCCCUAAUGUCUCAGUAGUUGACCUUGUUAUCAAUGUUGAGAAGAAGGGUGUUACGGCUGAAGAAGUCAAUGCAGCUUUCAGAAAGGCAGCUGAGGGGCCGUUGAAGGGUGUAUUGGACGUGUGUGAUGUUCCUCUUGUGUCCGUAGACUUCCGCUGCACCGAUGUUUCUUCUACUAUUGACUCUUCACUCACUAUGGUCAUGGGAGAUGAUAUGGUUAAGGUUGUUGCUUGGUAUGACAAUGAAUGGGGUUACAGCCAAAGGGUUGUGGAUUUGGCACAUUUGGUGGCAAACAAGUGGCCCGGAGUAGCUGCUGCAAAGGGAGGUGGAGACCCAUUGGAAGAGUUUUGUGAGACAAACCCAGCUGAUGAAGAAUGCAAAGUCUUUGAAUAGAAUAGCAGCUUUGGUUAUUAUCGCUGCCACCAGACCAUUUAUUUUGAAUUUGUGUUAAUUUAAUUUAUGAGGGAGAACAAGAACAACGUGUUCAGACGACAAUAGGUGAGGAUCAUGUCUGGGGCAUGUCUUCUAAAAUUUAAAUGUGUAUGCUAUUUGCUGUUGAAUAAUGCCUUUUUUUUUGCGCAACAACAAUGCAUAAUACCAUGAUGAUAUAUUGUAUUGGUGAUAUAUUAUUUAUUAUUCUUCGAA